AUGUGUGAAAGCGCCUCUUUGGUUGUUAGCAUUCAGCGCGCAGCACCGCUAUCCCAUACUGCCAGUCUCCAAGACAACGGCCUACUUAGAGCCACUACACAGCACUACAGGCGAAGCUCUGCCAGUCACGUGGGCCGCAGGAAGAGCGCUUUUGUGUGUGUGAGUGAUACAGAGGAGGAAAGGCUGAGCUGUGCUGUACCUGAACACUGCAGAUAUAAUAGUAUCCGUCUUGUCUCUCUCUCUCUCUCUCUCUCUCUGUCAGAUGUGAUCAAGCUUCAGCUGGUGGAUGCUGGUCUGGUGGAGUGUCUGCUGGAGGUCGUGGCUCAGACGGUGGACAGCGACAGAGAGGAGGACGUGGCUCAGCUCAAGACGGCCUCAGACCUCAUGGUCCUUCUGCUGUUGGGAGAUGAGUCGAUGCAGAAGCUGUUUGAGGGGGGUAAAGGCAGCGUGUUUCAGAGGGUCCUCUCAUGGGUGCCCUCCAACAACCACCAGCUCCAGCUAGCAGGAGCGCUCGCCAUCGCUAACUUUGCCCGCAAUGAUGGGAACUGCAUCCACAUGGUAGACACUGGUAUCGUACAGAAGCUUCUCGAGCUGUUAGACAGACAUGUUGAAGAGGGGAACGUGACGGUGCAGCAUGCCGCCCUCAGCGCUCUGAGGAACCUCGCCAUCCCGGUGGUCAACAAAUCGAAGAUGCUCUUGGCUGGUGUGUCGGAUGUAGUGCUGAAGUUCCUCAAAUCUGAGAUGCCGCCGGUCCAGUUCAAGCUUCUGGGAACAUUACGGAUGCUCAUCGACACACAGGCUGACGCAGCAGAGCAGCUGGGCACAAAGGCAAAGCUGGUGGAGCGUUUGGUGGAGUGGUGUGAAGCGAAAGACCACGCCGGAGUGAUGGGAGAGUCCAACCGCCUGCUGUCCGCUCUCAUCCGACACAGCAAGUCAAAGGAUGUGGUCCGAACAGUCAUACAAGGUGGAGGUGUUAAGCACUUGGUAACCAUGGCGACGAGUGAACACAUGAUCAUGCAGAACGAAGCGCUGGUGGCCUUGGGUCUCAUAGCGGCACUAAAUCUGGAUUGCGCAGAGCAGGACUUUGUCGGCGCUAAUCUGGUGCAGGUUCUACACAAACUACUGACAGAUGAGCACAGUGCACCGGAGAUCAAAUACAACUCCAUGAUUCUCAUCUGCUCCGUCAUGGGAUCAGAGCCACUUCAUAAAGAAGUGCAGAGCUUGGCCUUCAUCGACGUGGUCUCCAGUCUGCGCUCAGAUGAGAACAAGACGGUGGCGCACCAGGCCUCUCUCACAGAGCAAAGGUUAACGGCACAGAGCUAAAGGACUCUUCCACAGCAUCUCCUCCCUGCUUGCCCUCACACACACAUAUCUCUCGUUGUCAUGUGCCAAGCUGUUGUCCCCUCCGCAUUCCCCGCUACAGACUCUCAAAGCCCUCUGUUUGCUCCGCGCAUGCAGAGACGCGUUACCCAAAGGCAGCCAUACUUUGUAGACAGCCUUCUGCAAUAGAUUCAUACACGAACAGCAAAAUAUUUUUAAAAGACCAUAGCUGUGAUAAAAAAACCCCCAUGAAAUUCACCUAUAAAAGCUGAAAAAAAAUAGAACAUGAAUGUUGGCAGUGGAAAUAGCGCAGUUGUGUCUUCAUGACAUGUAAAAUCACACAUACCAACCGACUUGUGGAAGGUUUUUUUUGUUUUUUAAAUCGUCCGGUUUGAUGUAUCUGUGUUCAGCUAUUCAAGCCACGCCCAUAUGAUAUGCCCCGCCCCUCUCCUGCUUACUAAUUUACAUAGAAGAGUAGAGAUCAAAUGUGUUUGUACUGUAUAGGGCACCUCUGGACCAGCAUGGACCUUUUCAUAUUUUGUCUCCUGGUCCUUGUGCCACCCAUAAUCCAUCUCUACUGGAAAGAGCUAAUUCCAUAAUCAUUAGUCUGUUGCGUUUACAAAAAUCGAUGAUUAUUGUCAUAUGGAGAAGUAAUAUAUCUUGAUACCAAGGACUGAAGUUGUUGUACAUGACGCCCUCGGAAACACGAUUUUUAUCAUUUCAGGACCUCAUCAAAAGAAGUGAUGUCAUUAUAGUGUAGUUUCAAUAACUUGAAAGGAUAGUUCACCCAAAAAUAAAUUCUGUCAUUAUUUAUUCACCUUCAUGUUGUUCCAAACCUUGUGUUCAUUUCUUCUGUAAGACGUACAAAAGGAGAUAGUUUGAAGAAUGCUGGUAGCCAAACUGUUUCAGGUCCCAUUGACUUUUGUCCACACUGUGGAAGUCAUUGGGGCCAAAAUGGUUUGGAUACAAACAUUCUUCAUUUUUUUUGAAGAAUGAAACUAUUUGGUUUGCAGAUUAUUCAAAAUAUCUUAUUUUGUGUUCCACAAACGAAAGGAAUUCCAACAUUCUAUAGAUAUAUUCAAGAUACAUACAAGAUACUUUGAUGAAUGUUGGUAAUUAAACAGUUUUGGGUCUCACUGACUUCCAUGGUAUACCAAAUUCUUCAAAAUAUCUUAUUUUGUGUUCCAGAGAAGAAAAAAAUGGCAUCAUUCUGUAGAAG